ACGAGCUGUGGGCGGUACCUGUGACGCGCCUGUGGCGCCGCCCUUUGUGCCGUGGCGGGGGCACCGCGUUCGCGGCCUCGGAGUGGGAGGGGCGGUCCAGCCCGGCCGCCAGCUUCGCCGCCAUGGACCUAGGACCCUUAAAUAUCUGUGAGGAAAUGACUAUACUGCAUGGGGGCUUUUUGAUGGCUGAGCAGCUGUUCCACCCCAAAGCCCUGGAACAGUUGACAAAGUCUGACUGGGAACAUGUGGGGCGGCCUAUUGUGGACGCCUUGAAGGAGAUCUCCUCAGCCACAGCACAUUCCCAGCCAUUUGCCUGGAAGAAGAAAGCACUGAUCAUCAUCUGGGCGAAGGUUCUUCAGCCCUCUCCUGUCAGCCCUUCUGAUACUGAUACUCGGUGGCAGGAAGAUGUGUUCUUCUCCGUGGGCAACAUGAUCCCUACCAUCAACCACACAGUCCUUUUUGAGCUGCUUAAGUCUCUGGAAGCUUCUGGACUCUUCAUUCAGCUCCUAAUGGCCCUUCCUACCACCAUCUGCCGCUCAGAGUUACAGAACUUUCUGGAACACAUGACCAUUGACACUUCUUCCAAGGAUGUAUCCUUCUUCCUGGAUGUCUGGUGGGAAAUGAUAAAGCACAAGGGUGACCAGCAGGACCCCUUGCUUUCCCAAUUCAGGACAAUGGCCCAUAAAUACUUGCCAUCUUCAGAUGAGUUUUCCCAUCCUCCAAAGAGGUUUAAGUCUGACCCAGAUGUGGGUCCUACCAUGCCACUGUUGGCCAUGCUGCUUAAUGGGCUGAAGCAAAUCCAAAAGAGAAUCCUGUGCCGCGGGAUGAAGUGUUGUGCAUUAGCUAACUUGGCUGACAUGCUGAGUGUGUUUGCACUGAUGGAGGAUGACCCCCAGGAGGUAUCUGCCACCAUGUACCUAGACAAACUAGCCACAGUGAUCUCUGUAUGGAAUUCGGACACCCGGAACCCAUACCAUCAACAGGCCCUGGCUGAAAAAGUAAAGGAGGCAGAGCGGGAUGUGAGCCUCACCUCACUAGCCAAACUCCCCAGUGAGACUGUUUUCAUGGGGUUUGAGCUUAUGCACAACCUGCUGCAGGAGUGGGGUGCAGAACUGCAGGACAUGCUAAACAGCAGUCAGGGGACAAAUUAUGACACCUACCGGCUGUGUGACAGUCUGACUUCCUUCAGCCAGAACUUGAAGCUCUACCUGGAAACUGCCAGCAUGUCCAAGGAGGAGAGGCAGGUGGUCUGUGAACUGGCUGAGUGUGUUAGGGACUUCCUAAGAAAAACCAGCAGAGUGCUUAAUGACAGGGGCCUUGAGGACAUCACUGCCUCCAUUGCCAUGGCCAUCAUUGAGCAGAAGAUGGACCGGUAUAUGGAAAUGUGCUACAUUUUUGCUUCUGAGAAGAAGUGGGCCUUUUCAGAUGAGUGGGUUGCCUGCCUUGUUAACAACAGGUCUCUCUUCAGAGAACCAGACUUGAUCUUGAGUUUGCUGGAAACGGUGAUGGAAGUCAUCAACUCUAACAGGGCUAUCCCCCAGCCUCAUAUCAAGCAGGUGAUCUGCUUGACCUUGGAAUGCUAUGCAGACCUCUCCCUACCAGACAAAAAUAAAGUCCUUUCUGGAGUCCUGCAUUGUUGGGGGCCAAAGGGCCUCUCGGACAGGUUGUCUGUUUACUUGGAGGGUUUUCAGGAAGACCUCAACACAACGUUUAACCAGCUUGCACAGAGCACCUCUGAACAGGGUCUGGCUAAAGCAGUGACCUCUGUGGCCCGCCUGGUGAUCCUGUACCCAGAAGUUGUGGUGAAGAAGAUGUGCAGCAUAGCUGUGACCAAUCUUGGCACUCACAGGUUCCUGGCUCAGAUUCUUACUGCCUUCCCUGCCCUGAAGUUCACAGAAACACAAGGGCCAAAGCCAUAUACCAGUUUCAUGGUGUCCUGCCUCAAAGAAACUGUCUGGACAAAGUUCUCUACACCCAAAGAAGAGAAGCAGUUUCUGGAGCUGGUGAGCUGCCUAAUGAACCCCGUGAAACCACAGGGGAUUCCAGUUGCUGCUCUUUUGGAGCCUGAUGAGGUACUGAAGGAGUUUGUCUUGCCAUUCUUGAUGCUAGACAUGGAGGAGGUGGGCCUGAGUCUGAAGCUCUUCCUCCAGACCCUUGAAGCCAAUGCGGGCUUGGAGGAGUAUUGGCUGCAAACCUGCUCCCCAUUCCCGCUGCUCUUCAGCUUGUGCCGGCUCCUGGACAGCUUCAGCAAGUUCUGGCAGCUCCCCCGGGAGAAGCGCUGUCUCACUCUGGACAGCAAGGAUCUUGUGACCCACAUCCUGGAGCUCCUCUGUGAGAUCGUGCUGGCUAAUGCAGAGACCUUCUCCCCAGACACCUGGGCCAAGUCCCUGUCCUGGCUCCACCGCAAGUUAGACCAGCUAGACUGGACUGUGGGCCUGAGACUGAAGAACUUCUUUGAAGGACACUUCAAGUGUGAGGUGCCGGCUACCCUUUUUGAGAUAUGUAAGCUCUCUGAGGCCCAGUGGACCUCACAGGCCCAUGAAGGGUAUGGGCCUGGCACAGGGCUUCUCGCCUGGAUGGAGUGCUGCUCCAUUUCCCGCAGUGUCUCUGAAGAGAUGCUUUCCCUCUUGGUGGUGGAUGUGGGCAAUCCUGAGGAAGUCAGAUUGUUUAGCAAGGGCUUUCUGGUGGCCCUGGUACAAGUCAUGCCUUGGUGUAGUCCUCAGGAAUGGCAGUACCUUCAACAGCUGACCAGGAAGCUGUUGGAGAAACAGCUCCUUCAUGUCCCUUAUAGCCUAGAGUAUAUUCAGUUUGUUCCCUUGCUCAACCUGAGGCCCUUUGCCCAGGAGCUCCAACUCUCUGUUCUUUCCUUGAGAGCUUUCCAGUUUCUCUGCAGCCAGAGCUGUUGUAACUGGCUUCCUAUGGAUGGUUGGAGCCAUGUGGUCAAACUCCUCUGUAGCAGUUUGACCAGUAUCCUGGAUGCAGUCAGGUUGAUACAGUCGGUGGGCCCCUGGGCCCAGGGACAAGAAGGAAACCUGACUCAGGAAACCUUGUUUGUGUAUACCCAGAUGUUCUGUCAUGUUCUGCAUAUCAUGGCCAUGCUCCCCCAGGAGGUCUGCGAGCCCCUGUAUGUGCUGGCCUUGGAAAUCCUUACCUACUAUGAAACCCUAAUCAAGACCAACCCUUCUGUCAGCUCCUUGCUCCAGAAGGUUGAUGAGCAGCGCUUUCUAAAGUCUAUUGCUAAGAAUCUUAGCCCUGAGGAGAGGCGCCAAACCCUGCUACAGAAGAUCAACAACUUCUGACGUGUGGAGGACUGGAAAAAAGCUAUCCCUCCAACAUGGUGUUUGUUCUUCAGAGCCUAGAGCUGAGAACAAACCCUACAGUUAUGGGAGAUUGUAUACAUGACGAAAGGAGUACAUUACAAGAGCACUGUAAAGAAAAUAGUUUCUUAGGUAUUUGUCACAUACUACUACAAUAAAACUCUUUUGGGUUUCA